AUUGAGUUCCACCUUUCACAUUCUCUUUUCUUUCCUUAGCAAACGUGCCACUAAGAGAGACACACGCUGAGAGAAAGAUCUUGGUCUCAUCACCAACCAAGGUCUCCUUCUUCCCACAUUCUAAGUUCCUAUCUUUUUCUUUCUUAAUCCACACCCACUUUUAUUUUUAUUUUUUUGUUUGAUCUUCGGCAGCAUCACAGAUUACACAAGUUUUGCUGUUUUGUUGCAUUGAUCUGCAUGCUGUUGGGCAGUUAAUAAGGACAGAGAAAACAAAAUAAAAACAGAAAAACAAAAAGGAAAGAAAAUUACCGACAUGGCUACUCGAUCAUUUUCUACUUUUGUUGAGCAAGAAAUGGGGAGGUUCACACAUUUUGUGAUCUAUGUGUUGCUUGAAUGGGUGCUGAUAUUCAUACUCUUCCUUGAUGGGUUUCUUGCAUUUGCGGCCAAUGAGUAUGCAAGAUUCUUUGAAUUGCAUAUCCCUUGCUGGCUGUGCACCAGGUUUGAUCAUGUUCUGGUUCACAGAAAUCAUGAUUUCUAUUACAAUGAGUCUGUUUGUGAGGCUCACAAGAAGGACAUGUCGUCUUUGGCUUUUUGUCACAACCACAAGAAGCUCUCUGACAUAAGGAAAAUGUGUGAGGGGUGCCUUCUUUCAUUUGCAACCGAGAAGGAAUCGGAUUGUGACACAUACAAGUCCCUUGUGGGGAUUUUGCACAAGGAUUUGGAGUGCUUUGUUCAGGAUGGCCAGCCGAUUCAGUUGAGUUUGAAGGAUGAUGGGUUCAUGCAGGUUGACAGAUUCAACAAUCAAAGGUGUUCUUGCUGUGGAGAGCCUUUGAAAAUGAAGACUACCAAUGCAAAAGUGAAGCACUCUUCAUCGUUUGCGCGAGCCCCGAAUCCUUCACCGCGAGCUUUUCCAUUUUCAUCAUCAAAAAGCGAGGACUCUCAUUCUCUGGAAUUGCCUCACAUGAGGUACAAAGAACUAAAGUUUAUGUCAUAUCACGAUUCCGAGCUUCACGAGGAUGACUUCAAUAUAAAUAGUCCGAAUGUUAAAUUAAGGGACGACCACAAAUCUGUCUCAAUGCCUCCCGUAUUGUCAGAACUUGAUGAUCUGAAUGAUGAGUCCAGCAAAUUCACCCCGACUUUUACAAGGGGCAAUAAGUUCUUUGGUAUCCCACUCACCGAUUCUGCAAACAACAGUCCCAGAUGGACUUACAGAAUUACCAGGAAAUCACCACUGGAAAAGACAGAAUUUGCCUCUGAGUCUAAUGAGGUAACCCAAAGUGAUUUUGAUGAUGCCAUCUUAAGCAAUUUGAACAGACAAGUUCGUUUGGAUCGCAAAUCACUCAUGGCUUUGUACAUGGAGCUAGAUGAAGAAAGAAGUGCUUCAGCUGUUGCUGCCAACAAUGCAAUGGCCAUGAUCACUCGGCUACAGGCUGAAAAGGCAGCUGUGCAAAUGGAGGCUUUGCAGUAUCAGAGAAUGAUGGAAGAGCAGGCUGAGUAUGAUGAAGAAGCCCUGCAAGCAAGUAAUGAUAUGCUUCUCAAGAGAGAGGAAGAAAUGAAAUCUUUACAAGCUGAAUUGGAGAUUUAUAAGAAACAAUAUGGAUGCUUAGCAGAAGGAAAUGCUUCUAGUAGGGAAACUAUCUCGUCCCAUGGUAACAACUCUUCAUUUAGUUUCAAUGAAGGUCAUGAUAACGGAGAAGAAAAGGAUCUCAACUCUAGUCAAGUUGUGUCAUCUCAGGCAGAAAAUGGAGAGAUAAGACACAGUGAAUCAGUCAAAGAUUUUAAAGCAGAGAAAACAUAUCUUCUUGGCCGGAUAAAGAAAGUAGAAAGUAGAACACCCUUCGAAGAAAGUGGAGUUUAUUCCUUACUGUCUACCUCUGACAGUGUUAAUAAUUUAGACAAUGAGAAAGGUAACAUAGCAGGCACGCCUUCAUGAAUAGGUAGUAUUAUAAUUCUAUAACUAUUAGAGACAACAUUUCCAAAGCUACAUUACCACAUUAGCCCUUGAGAAAUUUUGUUCCUAAAGUUACUGCCUCAAGGAUUUAAACUUUCAUUACAUUAGUCCUUCGAAGAUUUUGAAUUUGUUUGGAAAAACUUAUCAGUAAACACUUUUAGGAUAAAAUGAAAAGGUUAAAACAGUUUCUCCACAAGCUAAAGAUAAAUCAUAUAAGUUAUAC